CUCAUCAUGAAUUACAAAUCUGUGUGGACCCACAAUGAGUUGAUAAUUCAGGAUCAAACCCUGCUCCUUGCAGUUCUUGGAAAGAAGGAAAUUCCUCACCUUUUUUGGCCUCAAACUUCCCAAAUCCACCUUGGCAAGGAAAUCCUCUGGAAAUGUGGAAAAGCUCCUCAGAAUCCCUCAGCAGCAGCAGAAUUUGGGUUCUUUGCUCCUUCCAGGAUCCAGAUCCUGGGGGAUCUCCCUGGAUUCACAUUCUCUGCAAUUUUAUUGUCAGGUUUUCCUAAUUACAAACUCGUUUGGGUCCUGCUUGGAAAAGGUUUCUUUGGAAGAGGAAACUUUGGAAAAAAAACUAUUUGGAAAAGGCCUCUUUGGAAAAGCCCAUUUGGGAGAAACCUGUUUGGAAAAGGUUUCUUUGGAAAAACCCUCUUUGGAAAACGCCCCUUUGGACAAAGCCUGUUUGAAAAAGCCUUUUUGGAAGAGCCUUUCCCUCACAUUAAUACGAUUUUCCCUCAUUCUCCAUGCCCAGAAAGCCACUUAGAUGAUGGAACCAGAGCUUCCCGAAGGAGAAGGAGGAGGAGAAGCAGCAGAGGAAGGGCUGAUCGAGUUCUACGGCUCCUUCAAGGAGAUGUUUGAGUUCUUCUGCAAGAACACGACGAUCCACGGCACCAUCCGCCUGGUGUGCUCGGGCAGGAACCGCAUGAAGACGGCGUUCUGGACGCUGCUGCUGCUGGCCAGCCUGGGCAUGCUCUACUGGCAGUUCGCCCUCAUGUUCAGCCAGUUCUGGGCCUACCCCGUGGUGCUCACCAUGUCCAUGGACUCCGAGCCCAAAAUGUUCCCGGCCGUCACCAUCUGCAACCUGGAUCCCUCCCGGUUUGAGCUGGUCAGCGAGCAGCUGGAGCAGCUGGAGCGCAUGGCCGAGGAGUCGCUGGCCUUCCUGUACGGCCCCAAGGCCUCGGCCAGGCUGUCCCAGCUGAGGGACAGGAACAGGGACCGCGACAAGGACGGGGCCAUCCGGGUCCAGGCCUGGGCCAACCUCAGCAGCGCCGGCUUCAGGCUCAGCCACAACUUCUCCCUGGUCAGGAUGUGGGACCCCAGCGCAGGCGAGAAACACUCCAGAGUGGGAUUCCGGCUGUGCAACUCCACAGGUGGGAAUUGCUUCUACACCUCUCACCCGUCGGGCAUGGACGCGCUGCUCGAGUGGUUCCGCUUCCACUACAUGAACGUGAUGGCCCAGCUGCCCCCGGGGCUGCCCCAGCACCAGCAGCACUUCCAGGACCUGGUCUACUCCUGCCAGUACGAUGGGGAGCCCUGCAGGCCCAGUGAUCACGUUCACUUCCACCACCCAGUUUUUGGGAGCUGCUACACUUAUAACAGCAAGGGGACAGAUCCUUUCUGGGCAGCCACAAAACCAGGAAUUCCUUAUGGGCUGUCCCUGAUCCUGCGGGCCGAGCAGAAGGAGCACCUCCCGCUGCUGUCCACGGUGGCCGGGGUGAAGGUGAUGAUCCACAGCCACAACCAGACCCCGUUCCUGGAGCACGAGGGCUUCCACAUCCGCCCGGGCAUCGCCACCACCAUCGGCAUCCGCCAGGUGGGAAAAAAUCCCUGGGAUUCACUGGGAAUAGCGACUACAGCCGCCAGCCUGCCUGGGAUAAUUCCAAAGGGAGUGGGAAUUCCUGGGAAUUCCCAGCCCUGUUCCUCCCAUCCCAUUUUCGGGCACUGCUUUUACCAGCUCUACUCCCGGCUCCGGAAUCACCGCCUGGAUUGUUUCCAGCACUGCCCCAAACCCUGCAGGGAAUCCCUGUACAAGGUCUCAGCUGGCACAGCAAAAUGGCCCUCGGCAAAAUCCCAGGACUGGGUGCGCCAGGCUCUGCGGCACCAGAACGGCUACAACUCCAGCAGCAGGAGGGACAUUGCCAAGGUCACCAUCUUCUACCGCCAGCUCAGCUCCCAGGCUGUGCACGAGGCCCCGCUGCUCUCAGAGAACCUGCUGCUGUCCAGCAUGGGCAGCCAGUGGAGCCUGUGGUUCGGCUCCUCGGUGCUCUCGGUGGUGGAGAUGCUGGAGCUGCUCCUGGACACGCUGGUGCUGUCCCUGCUCUUCUGCCUGCAGCGCCUCCGGCCCGGGCGGGGCCCCGGGGGCUCCGGGGAGCGGCGGCAGCGGCCGGGGAGCGGCCGGGAGGGAGCCCGGGGGGCGGGACGGGGGCGGGAGCUGGAGCUGGGACAGCUGUGA